AUGGAAACAGCGCGCUUCUACACGAAUGACUCUGACCUUCUGAUCCUAGGUCUCUAUGGUGUCUUUCUAGGCUAUCAAUUGUGCAACAAGACCCGGUCAUAUCGACCCCGGCAUCCAGCUCUUUUCUGGCAUGUUCUCGCAGGCCUCAUUGAGCUGGUGCUCUACUACCGCAACCCGCAGUGUGGUAGAGGGGCGGUCAUCGCAUGCUGGGUACACUCCUUUACCUCUCUGGCUUUGGUGAAAGGGCUUCCUAAUGGCUAUCCCCCGCAUACCCGACCCGUAUACCAGGCCGGCUCCCUCAUGAGAUCAGCGUUGGUAGUGCACGCCUACAUCACCCAGACCGCUAUGGACUACCACUCCAGCAUCAUGCCCUUGCACGGUUUUGUGUACACUCGCGCGUUGAUCUUUUUGCUGGGAACCAUGGGGCCUACUCGGAGUUUCGUGAAGAACGUCAACAGCCCGUUUGUCUAUGCACAAUCAGUCCUGGGGGCGGCUCUGAUUUCGGUGAGCCACUGCCGGGGUUCGUGGCCUGUCCCAGCAUAUCUGGUCUUAGUCCACGGAUUGGGUAAGUUGAGUCUACGGGUGCAAGAAAAGUACCAGUCAUGCCGGUAG